GGGAUUCACUUCUAUAUAAAGCCGCCUCAUCUUAAACUGUUCUCUCCUCUGCCGCAGAGCGAGAGCAAAGAGAAAAGGGAAGCGGAGACCAGUCCUUCCCCCGAUCCUUCUGCAGCCAUGGUGAAGUAUUCGAAAGAACCCGACAACCCUACCAAGUCCGCCAAGGCGAUGGGCCGGGACUUGAGGGUUCACUUCAAGAAUACCCGUGAGACAGCUCAUGCAAUUAGGAAGCUGCCUUUGGCCAAGGCUAAGAGGUACCUUGAAGAUGUGAUUGCUCACAAGCAGGCAAUUCCCUUCCGGAGGUUUUGUGGAGGUGUAGGGCGUACAGCCCAGGCUAAAAGCCGCCGCAAUGGACAGGGGCGUUGGCCUGUGAAAUCUUGCAGAUUCAUUUUGGAUCUGCUUAAAAAUGCUGAAAGCAAUGCUGAAGUAAAAGGUUUGGAUGUCGAUUCUCUUUUCAUAUCUCACAUCCAGGUGAACCAAGCCCAAAAGCAGAGGCGCCGGACCUACCGUGCUCAUGGACGGAUUAACCCUUAUAUGUCCUCUCCAUGUCACAUCGAGCUGAUCUUGGCAGAGAAGGAAGAGGCUGUCAAAAAGGAGCCCGAGACCCAGAUUGCCCCCAGGAAGCCUAAGAAAGUGGCUCUGCGCACUGGGACCUCUUCUUGAAUAGUAACAUAAGUAGUUUUCGAGUCGCAGAUAUUUUGGACUCGGUUGUGGUCCACUUUGGAUUUAGUUCGCGUGAUGCAGGUUGUUUUGACAUGUUUCGGAACAUAUUUUUGGUUAAUUUACUUGCACUAUUUGUUAUUUCUGUUUUUCGUUGGAGAUUUUUGUAAGGAUGUUACCUCUAUCAAAAGUCUGAAAGGAUAAAUCCAGUUGGUAGGUACUGUCCA